AAUUAAAAAAUGGAUUAAAUUACAGAUAAAUACAUAUUAAAUUAUAGAUAAAUAGGAUUUAAUUAAAGAUAAAUACGGAUAAUUAAUAUAAUUAAAUUUACCAUCUCUCUCUCUCUCUCUCUUCCGUGUUUGUUUCUCUCUCUAACUCUCCCACAUCCACUCUAUAAAUUUCUCCCCCUCCUCUGACCCUUCUCCUCUCUCCAUUCUCUUCUCUCUCCAUAAGCUUUCUCUCUCUGUCUCUCUGUUUUUCUCUCUCCCAGUGGUGAUGGCGAUGAACAAUGGUGUUGUCUCCGGCAAGGCCUCCGGCGGGGGGUUGAUUGUGAGCUUCGGGGAGAUGCUGAUCGACUUUGUGCCUACAGUGUCGGGCGUGUCUCUGGCGGAGGCGCCGGGAUUCCUGAAGGCGCCCGGCGGAGCUCCGGCGAACGUGGCGAUCGCCGUCGCGAGGCUCGGCGGCAAGGCGGCGUUCGUCGGGAAGCUCGGCGACGACGAGUUUGGGCACAUGCUGGCCGGGAUCUUGAAGGAGAACGGCGUCAGCGCCGAAGGCAUAAACUUCGACAAAGCCGCCCGCACCGCCCUCGCCUUCGUCACUCUCCGCGCCGACGGCGAGCGCGAGUUCAUGUUCUACCGGAACCCCAGCGCCGACAUGCUCUUGACGCCCGAGGAGCUCAACCUCGAGCAAAUCAGAUCCGCCAAGGUUUUCCACUAUGGAUCAAUAAGUUUGAUCGUGGAGCCAUGCCGGUCGGCGCAUCUCCGGGCAAUGGAGGUGGCGAAGGAGGCCGGCGCCCUCCUCUCCUACGACCCCAACCUCCGGCUGCCGCUGUGGCCGUCGGCGGCAGAGGCGCGUGAGCAGAUCAUGAGCAUAUGGGACAAGGCAGAGGUGAUCAAGGUCAGCGACGUCGAGCUGGAGUUCCUAACAGGGAGCGAUAAGAUCGAUGACGCCGCAGCCAUGUCUCUUUGGCACCCUAACCUCAAGCUCCUCCUCGUCACUCUCGGUGAGCACGGCUGCAGAUACUACACCAAGAAUUUCCAUGGAUCCAUGGAGGCCUUUCAUGUGAAAGCAGUGGAUACAACUGGCGCUGGUGACUCUUUUGUUGGUGCACUUCUGUGCAAGAUUGUUGACGACCGAUCAGUUCUUGAUGAUGAGCAGAAGUUGAGGGAAGUGCUGAAAUAUGCAAAUGCAUGUGGAGCCAUUACAACUACAAAGAAAGGAGCCAUUCCUGCUCUUCCCACUGAUGCUGAUGUCCUUACCCUUCUUAAAAGAGGAGCAUAGAAUCAGAGGAUUAGGAAUGUUUGGCACUUAUUAAUUUUUGUUUUCUGUCUUUUCUUUUUUUUAAUUUUAUUUUAUUAGUUUUGGGUUUUUCUGGGUUUUUUCCUUUUUUCUUUUUAAAAUUUUCCAUAGGAGUUGUUUUCAAUUCAAUUCAAGGGAAGGGUUUUUCUUGUUCCAGUUCAUGUUAAGGAGAAUUGUGCUUUAAGUUUAAGGUAUCCAGUAAAUAAAUUUCCUCAUGUUUUUGGCA